AUGCACGUGAAUGAUAGUCGCGGUGAAAUAGAUAAUGUAUUAAAUCUUCCACAAGAUUUACUUGAACAACGUAAAGUUAUAAUAAUUGACGUGGCAAAUGAUACAAUUGAUCAAAAGGAUUAUAAGGAAGAUGAAGAUCCUACUUUGUAUCAUUCUAGAAAAACUGGCAGAGGACCAUUGAAAGUUACACCUGUUAUGACUUGUUAUAAGCUUGUAACUGUUGAAUUCAAAUGGCGUGGGAUUCAAAGCAAGAUUGAAGCAUUUAUUCAUAGUACGAUGCAAUCGUUGUUUACAAGAUUUCAUAGACAAUUAUUUUGUUGGACUGAUAAAUGGUUUGGUCUAUCAUUGGAUGAUAUAAGAAAAUUAGAAGAUAAAACGAAACAAGAACUAGAUGAGUCAAUCAAAGCCCCAAUAACGAACCAAAGCCAAUCUGAUUAA